AUGUUGAGUUUGACAGCAAUAGCUUGUGCGUCUAUUAUCGUGGCAUGGGCUUUGUACCGUGCGCAAGAAGCGUUCACCGCUUACAAGGUGGACUGUAGCAUCGGCGUGCAAAAUGGCUGCAAAAAAGCCCCCAGGCUCAAGAACUGGUGGCCGCUGGGCAUCGAUCGCCUGAUACAAAUCUGGACGGCUGAUGCCGACCAGCGCUUGAUGGACCUGUUCACAUUUCAUUUCAGGGACGUCGGCACUACUUUGGAGCAGAAAUUCUUAGGCACGAUUGCUUUCGGCACGAUAGAGCCUAGAAAUCUGGAGGCGAUGAUGUCAUCCCAGGAGAAGGACUUUGGAUUUGGUCUUCGUCGUCAAAUAUUUUUCCCGCUUCUUGGUGAUGGCAUUUUCACUCAGGAGGGUGAACCUUGGAGACACUCCAGAAAGAUGCUUCAGCCACAGUUUGGGAAACAACAGUAUAACGGCCUAGAAAUCUUUCAAGUCCACAUAAACAACCUUCUUGAUCGUAUUUCAGAAAAAAGUGACCGCCUUGAUCUGCAAUCAUUAUUUUUUCAACUCACUCUAGACACCACAACGGAAUAUCUUUGUGGUAGAUCGAUCAACAGUCUUGCUGAGAAGCAGUGCUCAAAAGGCAGCAAUUUUGCCGAGGAAUUUGAGAUUGCGCAAAACUAUGUUGUACAGCGCUUUCGACUACUGGAUUUAUACUGGAUAAUCGGAGGCAAAAAGUUUCGAAAUGCAUGCGACACGGUGCAUCGUUUUAUGGACAGUAUUAUUGACUCGCGCUAUGACAAGGCUAAAGAGGACCCGGAGGAAAAGGAUCGCUACGGUCUUUUUGAUGCUAUUGCAGAGAACUCAACAGAUCGAAAGGCGUUGAGGGCACAGUUACUAAAUGUUUUACUCGCUGGUCGAGAUACAACAGCUUGUCUCCUUACAUGGACAUUCUAUCACCUUGCUCAGCGCCCAGAUGUUCUACAUCGGCUUAAUGCGGAGAUUGAGUCAAAGCUGAAUGGAAGAACUGACUUUACUCGGGAUGAUCUGAAGAAGAUGGGAUAUCUCGAAAAUGUGCUUAAGGAAGUCCUUCGCCUUUAUCCCUCAGUUCCAGUUAAUACGAGAACAGCCCACCGCACAACAGUUUUACCAGUAGGCGGCGGUCCCGAUCAGGAUUCUCCGGUACUUAUUCGCAAGGGUGAAAAUGUCGCCUUUUGUGUCUAUGCAAUGCAUCGCCGGGAGGAUCUCUACGGCCCUGACGCGGAGGCCUUUAGGCCAGAGCGUUGGGAAGAUAAGAAUCUCCCAUUGUUUCAAAGCACUCUGAGCAAACAAUGGGGUUAUUUACCUUUCAAUGGUGGGCCUCGAGUCUGUUUAGGACAGGACUUUGCUUUGAUCGAAGCAUCAUGUGCCGUGAUCAGAAUUCUCCAGCGAUACCCCAAGGUAGAACUAGCGAUGGAGGUACCCCGGCGGGAUUGGGUUGGCUGGUCCAGCCAUAAGACCGAGGGUUGUCCAAUGACGGCAUACGAAAGGCAGAAAAUGACUCUGGUUCUAUCCUUGAAAGAAGGCUGCUGGGUAAAACUGUCUGAGUCAUGA